AUGCUUAAUUAAAUCAAAGAGGAGCGAGAGAGAUUAAAGUUUUAACAAUCUUACCAAAGUCCAGAUUAAAUUUUCAACGAUAACUAAGCAGCAUAAUUAAACAAUUAACAUAGAAGACCAGAUUCAAGGUAGUACAAUUAAAAUCAUAAUAUGCUACCUUCAGCUGGAAUUCCAAGAAAAUAUGGCAGUAAUAUAGAUUUAAAUGAGUAUGAUGAAAAGAUAAAACAACAGUAAUUAUAGUAAUAAAUAACUCAGUAGCUUUAAAUGAUUCCUCAACAAAGCCCUUACUAUUAGAAACCAGUAGAUCAGCAGUAAUAGUAGCAUUAGUAACCUCAAUUGAAUUAAAACUUGAAUCAAACACCAAAUUUCAAUAUGUAUUUGGGAUAGUAAUAAUUGCAAUUUAUGACUCCAAAUCGACCUUACAUUCCUAAACUUAAUUUACAAUCAGAUUAAGAUGUCUAAAAUAUUCCAGUAGAUUAAAAUAAUCAAAGUUUUAACUUCAAAGAUGCUUGGAAAUCAUCGCAAGACAUGGCAAAACAUCAAUUUUUUCAAAUGCAAAAUUAGUAUUUAACUAUGAGUCCUCAGUAGAUCUUAAUGUCUUAAGAAGAAAGAUAAAAGAUUAUAAAUUAAUUUGAGGAAAUAACAGAUUUUUAGGCUUAGAGAAGAGACUUCCUGAAACAUCAGCAAUUAGAAAGUGCUUCAACUCUGUAACUUAUUGAGCAGUAAUAGCAUUAAGUAAAUCUAAAAUCAUUGAAAUAAAGUCAAGAGGAGAGAAUGAUGAGGUUUCAAUAACUUAGUAAACAGGCAAGAAAAUGA